AUGGUCACAGGUCCUGAUAUGUUAUGGUUGGUUAUUACGAGUGGCAUAGCAUGUUUUUUUAUGGCCUUUGUUACUGGAGCUAACGACAUAGCGAACACAUUUAGUACAUCUAUAGGUUCAAAAGCUAUUUCUAUAAAAAAGGCAUUAAUCGUAGCAUUUUUUUUUGAAGCAUUAGGAGCUUCCUUAUUAGGAGGUACGGUUACUGAUUCCAUACGUUCGAAGAUAAUAAAUUUUCAAGUUUUCUAUGACACUCCAGAAUUUUUAAUGUUAGGAAUGUGUUGUGCCCUUAUGGGUGCAACGGUUUGGUUAGCUGUAGCAACAAGAGCUGGAUUACCUGUAUCAACAACACAUAGUAUUAUAGGAGCAUUAUUAGGUUUUGGAUUAGCGACAGGUAAUAUGAAAUCAAUAAAAUGGGAAAAAAUUAAUAAUAUUGUAAUAUCUUGGUUAGCUGCUCCAAUAUUAGCUGGAACAUGUUCUGCAAUAGCAUUUACUGUAUUAAGAAUGUUAAUUUUGAGAAAAAAGAAUUCGUUUGAAAUAAUAAAAAAGAUGUAUUGGUUUUUAAUAUUUUUAAUUACCUUACCAUUUAGUGUUUUUUUAAUAUUUCAUAACCCAAUAGUAAUAAAUACACAAUGUAAGAUGAAAAAAGAUGGAAAGGUGAUUGUAUCAUCACCAUGUUAUAUUGAAGACUGGAGUGCUGCUCAUAGUUUUUAUGCUUCCAUUAUAUGUAUCCUAUUAUCAUCUUUAUUAACAGCAAUAGGUUCCUUUGUUAUAUAUAUAAUAUAUAACAAAAGGAUAAAUAAUUACAAUUUGAAGAAAAAAAUAUUUUGUGAAGAAUUAGCUGAUAUCGAAAAGAACCCACAGAAUAAUUUCUGCGCAAUUAAUAAUAGUAGUUUAAAUUCUGUAGCAUCAAAUGAAACUCAAUUAACCCAAGCACAUAAUAACACAUCUAAUGGAACAAAGCAAAACCAAGUAGGUAAUGGUACUAAGAGUAAUAAUAAUAAUGUAUUAGUAUUACCAGGUGAUAAAAAUGUAAAGAGUCAACAAGAUGAUUCUAAAACAAAUGGAACUCAGAAAACGGGAAGUGUAGAAGCACAUCAUGUCGUACAUAUUAAAGAUAAUGGAAGUGAAGACAAAUCUCAUGAAAAUAUGUUAAAAAAGAAUCUUGAUAAGGUUACCAACAUGAACGAAAAUAAUAACAACAGCAACAAAAAUAACAACAGCAACAAAAAUAACAACAGCAACAAAAAUAACAACAGCAACAAAAAUAAUAACAGCAACAAAAAUAACAACAGCAACAAAAAUAACAACAGCAACAAAAAUAAUAACAGCAAUAAUGGUAAUAGUAAUGAGGGAAAUGGUAAAGGGGGGGAUCCAAAAAAUAUGGAAAAUGUUAUCAUAGAAAACUUCGAUCCACAAACCGAAAUUGUAUUUUCCUCUUUACAAAUUAUUAGUGCUAUAUUAGGUGUUGUUGCUCAAAGCGCUAACGAUACAGCUAAUGCUAUCGGUCCAUUUGCUGCUGUGUUUAAUACAUAUAAUAAUGGAAUUAGAGGCAAAAUUAAAGUUCAGUGGUAUAUACUUUUAUUUGGAGGUUUAUCUAUGUCAUUAGGUUUAUCUAUUAUGGGAUAUAGAGUUAUUAAAACUGUUGGUAUGAAGUUAAUUAAAAUAACACCAGCUAGAGGUUUUACCAUAGAACUUAUUUCCGGACUUGUUGUUUUAUUUUUUAGUAUUUGUGGUAUUCCUUUAAGUUCUACACACUGUGCUGUUUCUAGUGUUAUAGGUUUAGGUCUUGUUGAGGCUAAAAUGAAUGCAGAUAAUAAAAGACAUGCAAGAAAAUCUAUGGACAAGGAUAUAAUUCAAGUGGACAAGGAUAAAAGUUUUACCCUAACAGAAAAAAUCAAAUAUCCAUUUUCUUUUCUUAAUACAUCCUGUGUUAAUCUGAGAUUAUUUAGAACAGUUUUUCUUUCUUGGAUACUUACUGUAGUUUUUUCAGCUACUGUGACCGCAGGUAUUUACUCCUUCGCAGCAUAUAGUCCAUCUUACAUAAUGAAGAUGCAAACUGUUUAA